AUGCCUGUUACUCUGGAAAAGGUGCACAAGCAAAUCUCCAAGAAGCGUAGCUCUCUCAAUGCGCUUCAUGAGAACAGUCGUGAUGCCCACCGACUCCGCAAAGCUGGUGCUCGCGACGAUCGCUUGUCCCGCCAUAACGCCACUGUGAGCCGCGCAAGACAGCCAUACAUGGACCGCAUUCAUUACAUCCACGAGGCUAUCCAGGAGACCACCGAUGCUUUCUCGAUUGAACAAAUGAACGAGUUUGUUGCCAAGUAUAUCGACCGUGACACUGAGGAAAUCAAAGAGCUCCAAGCACAGCGCCGCAAAGGACGUCCCCCCAGCAAGCGCGAGGAGGCUUUGAAACAACGAGUUGAAACCGAGGGUCGGGAGUUCUCGACCGGACUUUGGAUGCCCGACCUCAGCGAUCAAUAUGCAAUGACCGCGAUGAAGAACUGGAAUAGACACUGGUCAGGGCUGAGCGCGAUCAAGUUCAUUCGGUUCAGGAAAGAUGGAGAGAAACUCACAUCUACCUUCCCACCCAAGAGCAUGUCCUGA